CAACGGGACGACCAUAGUCCACACUCCACAAGCGAGCGAAGAAUAAGAAGACGGAGCUGCAGAGAUAAUUGGGUGAGCCAUAAUGGCACUACCAAUUUCAUCGAUGAAAUCCCAAUACUUUUCCCAAAUAUGCCCUCACCUCAAGCAGCCAUUACUCUUCUCUCCGGCUUCAAUCUCAUAUCCGACUCCUAAUUUCAAUUCGAGCAGAGUUCGGGUUAUCAUAUGCUGUGCCGCCAAGUCGCAGACCGAACCGGUGAAGAAGCGUUCUUCUUCGGCGGGCAGUAGGAGGAAGAAGAAGAAGAAGGGCAAGGAUGGGGCUGAUAAUUCUCGGGCGUUGGACUUGAGUGAUGAUGAAAUUGUCGAUGAUUUUAGCGUCGUUGAACACGGGCCUUCGAGUUCCAGUUCCAGUCCCAGUUCCAGUUCCAAUUCCAAUGCUUCUUUUGCUUACCAUCCUACUUCACUGCCGAAACCACCAGCUGGCUUUGUUGUAGACGAUCAAGGCAAGGUUCUCCUGGCUUCCAACAAGCGACUUGCGACUUUGGUUGAUCCUGCAAACAACUUUCCCUUAGAGUGUGUCAUAAGAAGAGUGUUCCGAAGCUCUCAGGAUGAUGAAUGUAUGUUGCUCUGUCCUGUUGAUACGCCCGUUCAAAUACUAAAAAGCACAAAUGGUGAGGGAUGGUCAGCGAUCAGUGAUGAGGAAGUUGAAUCUAUUCUUCCUGCUGCAGCUUAUGCACUAGCUAAGAUAAACCUGUAUCUAGUUUAUAGCGGAUUUUGUUAUACAGCACGUGGUGGUUUUUGCUACUCUGAAGAGGACAUAUUUGACUUUCACACAGAUGAUGGUAAAGAAGUGGAUGGCUUGCCAACAGAAGGUGUUGAAAUUACUUGGUUCAAUAUGGAUGGUGCGCACUACAUGAUCUAUACACCAUCUGAUCCACUUCUUUUUGUUGCUGUGAAGGACAAGAAUGGGAUGUUGCAAAUUGCUGAUGAUGAACUGCUUGAGGACCCAGCCAUCAUUAGCGCUAUAGAUGAGGAAACUGAGUUCAAUGCCUUGGUGGAGGAAGAAGCUGCCCUUCUUGAUUCGCUGAUAGGAAAAGAUAACCAGGCAGGCUUUGGCAGUCAAAGCUGUGUCAAUGCUUAUAAAGUAUUUUUCCUCUGAAUAGCCUCAUCCUCAUCUAACAGAAAAAUUUCUGGGGACUGAAUGGCCCCUUUUCUAGAUAUGAUAAAUUUUGUUUGUGUGAUGCUAGUUGCUGAGGACGCCAUCUAUUUAAUGUUGUAUGUUAAUUGGUUAUUCAAAUAAUCAUAUGAUCAAGUAAUAUAAGAGCUAGUUUUGCAUUUAAUUUAAUCCUAAAUAUAAGACUUCAAUU